CAGCCAAUCAGAAUGCUUCUCACCCGUGACCCCCACAGCCCCUCCUGCACCCGACUCCAUUACCCCACGAGGCAGAAUCUUCCGGCCUCAGACUGUUUUUCUCCGAGUCUCGCCAAUGCGGCUGCGCGCCGCGCCCUGAUUGGCCGAGAGCUUCCGGCUUGCGCAUGCGCCGCGCCUGCCUCGGUUACUAAGGGCGGGAGCCCUGCGAGGGCGCUGGGGGUUGUGCUGUGUGAGGCCCGCUUCGAAGCCUUGCCGAGCUCGCCAUGCCGAACCGGAAGGCCAGCCGUAAUGCCUACUAUUUCUUCGUGCAGGAAAAGAUACCUGAACUACGGCGGCGUGGACUGCCCGUGGCUCGAGUAGCUGAUGCCAUCCCUUACUGCUCUGCUGACUGGGCACUCCUGAGGGAAGAAGAAAAGGAGAAAUACGCAGAAAUGGCUCGAGAGUGGAAGGCCGCCCAGGGAAAGGAUUUUGGGCCUUCAGAGAAGCAGAAACCUAUUUCCACACCACUGAGGAGGCCAGGCAUGCUCGUACCAAAGCAGAGUGUUUCACCCCCAGACGUCUCAAGCUUGUCUCUCAAAAAUGAUCAAGCUCUCCUUGGAGACAUUUUUUAUUUUUUGAACAUUUUCAGCCAUGGCGAGCUACCUCCCCAUUGUGAACAGCGCUUCCUCCCUUGUGAAAUUGGCUGUGUUAAAUAUUCUCUCCAAGAAGGUAUUUUGGCAGAUUUCCACAGUUUUAUAAAUCCUGGUGAAAUUCCACGAGGAUUUAGGUUUCAUUGUCAGGCUGCAAGUGAUUCUAGUCACAAGAUUCCUAUUUCAAACUUUGAAUCUGGGCGUGACCAAGCAACUGUGUUACAAAACCUUUAUAGAUUUAUUCAUCCAAGCCCAGGGAACUGGCCACCUAUCUACUGCAAGUCUGAUGAUAGACCCAGAGUCAACUGGUGUUUGAAGCAUAUGGAGAAGGCAUCAGGUAUCAGGCACGAUCUAGAACUUCUUACUGUGGAGGACCUUGUAGUGGGGAUUUACCAGGAAAAAUUCCUCAAGGAGCCCUCAAAGACUUGGGUUCGGAGCCUUCUAGAUGUGGCCAUGUGGGAUUAUUCUAGCAACACAAGGUGCAAGUGGCAUGAAGAAAAUGACAUACUUUUCUGUGCUUUAGCCGUUUGCAAGAAGAUAGCGUAUUGCAUCAGUAAUUCUCUAGCCACUCUUUUUGGAAUCCAGCUAACAGAGGCUCAUGUACCACUCCAAGAUUAUGAAGCCAGUAAUAGCGUGACACCCAAAAUGGUUGUGCUGGAUGCAGGACGUUACCAGAAGCUAAGGGUUGAGAAUGCAGGAUUUCCUCAUUUCAACUCUUCUAGUCAGGAACAAAGAUCAAACACACCCACUGGUGACUACCCAUCUGGGGUGAAAAUUUCUGGCCAGAACAACAGUGUUCGGGGAAGAGGGAUUACCCGCUUACUAGAAAGCAUUUCCAAUUCCUCCACCAAUAUCCACAAAUUCUCCAACUGUGAGACUUCACUAUCACCUUACAUGUCCCAAAAAGAUGGAUACAAAUCUUUCUCUUCCUUAUCUUAAUGAUGGUACUUUUUUUCAAUUUCUGGAAAAAUAACAGCCCAGCUUCUUUCUGACAACACUCAAUAAACAGAUCCCAUCCAUAAUAAAUAUGUCACUCCUGUAAAAACUACUUAAUUUGUAAGGAAAUUCUAUUUCAUAGAUUAAAAAAUAAUUGUGGUUGGAGAAGUACUUGAAUUUUUGCCUUUUUUUCUUGAGGGCUUAUUCUACUUCCUGGCUGUAUGAUGGGAAUGCUGUUAGAGUCAUACAAGAACAAAACUGCGUUUUCAUAGUUGUGUUUUUUGGAAUGUUAUAAAUCUCUUGCUCUAUAAUACAGGUAUUGCAUAUCUGUUAUGAAAAGUUCUAA